AUGACUAAUGAUAAAUGGACGGAUGAGGAGUGUCCUUAUUUCUUUGAUCUAUUUGAGGGACUGAACUUGGCUAUGAUGCUAUGGGAAGAAUUGAUAUGUCUGAAGAUUGGUGGGAAGAACGUAAAGAGGGAUCGUAUUGGAGCAUUGGAUGGAACUCAUAUCCCGGUUCGUCCUCCGCCACGAAGAGCAGAAACAUAUAGAGGUAGAAAGCUGAAGCCUACAAUGAAUGUCCUUGCUAUAUGUAACUUUGAUAUGAAGUUCAUAUAUGCAUAUGUUGGUGUACCUGGUAGAGCACACGAUACGAAGGUGUUAACUUACUGUGCGAAGAAUGAGCUUUAUUUUCCACAUCCUCCAAAUGGAAAGUAUUAUUUAGUUGACUCUGGAUAUCCCACUAGGACAGGGUAUCUUGGUCCGCAUCGUAAGGUUCGGUAUCAUCUUAAUCAAUUUGCUAGAGGAGGACCACCGACAAACAUGAGAGAGCUUUUCAACCGAAGGCAUUCAGGUCUACGGACAGUGAUAGAACGAACAUUUGGGGUGUGGAAAGCAAAAUGGAGAAUUCUAGACGGUAAACAUCCAAAAUAUGGUCUAACUAAGUGGAUAAAGCUUGUAACAGCAACAAUGGCACUACACAACUUCAUACGUGAUUCACAUCGAGAGGAUUCAGAUUUUGUACGCUGGCAGGAAAGAGAAGGAUAUCAUACUCACGGUGACGACGGGACGAUAGUGAUGGUGGUGAUGUGA